AUGUCGAGGACCCCCCUCGCAUUCAUCAUCGGGACGCUUUUUGCGCCCGCUCUAGUUUGCGCCGAGGAUAUAACCGCUUUGUGGCUCGAGCCAUCGUCGGACUGGUACGGCAUCGAUGGCAAUUGGUCUUCGACUGGACUCCUCGUGGGUGAGCCGGCCCAGAAAGUCGAUGUCACAGUGAGCACGAGCCUCUCUGAGAUAUGGGUCGUAGAGACUGGAGGCUGUGGUGCAUCUUCUCUCUGCACCGAAGCCCGUGGAGGUGUCUACAACACCAGCGCAUCGCAUAGUUGGUCGUCUCAGGGUGCAUGGCAGCUUGGUCUGAGCUAUCUUGGGCUUGAGGGCAAUGGAGACUACGCCAGGGAGACUGUCGCGGUAUAUGACAGCAUACGACAGCGGCAAACUUCUUUCAACAAGCAAAUCGUGGCUGCCAUAAAUGACACCGACUACUACACCGGUUUCUUCGGGCUGGGGAUCACACCAGGUAAUUUUCAGGGUGUCAUCGCCCAAAGUCCAAUCGCUGUAUUGGUUGAACAGGACGGCGUCAUACCCAGCCACAGCUAUGGUUAUACAGCUGGAGCUUACUAUGGCGGAUCAAGUGGUAUUCCGAUGUCCCUGACAUUGGGAGGCUAUGACGCGAAUCGCUUCGAAGCGCACGACACCAAGUUCAGCUUGAACGCAUCAGCAAGCCAGCCCCAGACAUUGAUCAGGGCCAUCACCGCGUCAGUAUCCGAUGCUGACAAGGCACCGACAUCGUGGAACUCGACGUCGACCCCCCUGUCAUUCUUCAACGAAUCUGUAACAGCGCUGAUCGACAGCUCGACACCCUAUCUCUGGCUACCGUCAGUUAUCUGCGACCGAUUUGCUUCUACAUUGAAUCUUACCUGGAACGAGAGCUUCGGACUAUACUUGUUCGAAGACAACGACAGCUUGGAACGCUACCAAUCAUCAGCCGAUCUCUCGUUUACCUUUACCCUGUCGAGCGCGGAUAACCAGGAUGACUUUGGUCAACCGCUCGACGUCCCGGGUGUCGUGAAUAUCACGAUUUCUGGAAAUGCAUUCGUCCAAAAUCUCCGCUACCCAUUCAUGAACCUUUUCCAAUACGGUGAUUCGGCCGUACCGUAUUUCCCCUUAAAGAGAGCUGACAACGAAAGCCAAAUCAUCAUUGGGAAGUCUUUCCUACAGGAAGCAUACAUCAUCACGAAUUACGAGACGGGCACAUUCUCGCUUCAUAAAGCCAAGUUCCCCGAAGACCCGCUGCGAGAUACAUCGAUACAAACCAUAGCAUAUGCCGCCAAUUCUCAGUAUCCUGGUCCAACUACCAAGCCUGGUGGGCAGCAGGGCCUGGCUCACGCUCAGCUGGUGGGACUUGUCGUAGGUGUUUGCCUUAUGGUAGUUGCGAUUCUUGCCACAGCAUGGUUCAUGCGUCGGAGGAGAAGGAAGCAACCGGUAGCAGGAAAGGAAGACGACGACCUCAAGGACAGGGUGUACGCACCCGAACCAGAAAGACCAAAGAUCCCCGUUAGGAGGAUGUUAUCAAGGAUGACGAAGAAGUGUUCUUGGAAAAAGACGAAGGCCAGCGGCGACAAAGUAUACGAAGUCGGAGCGGACUGGCAACACGAGCGCUAUGAGAUGCCAGUCCAACCAGCGCCCGUUGAGCUAGAUGCCACCGAUACGAUGUCGAGCACUUGCGUCGCGGGUUUCGCGGCCAGCUUUGAAGAGCACAGGCGUACUUCUUACGAGCUAGUGAGGCAGCAGCUUGAAAGUCAGAGGCAAGGGCCGGUUCCUGAAUACACACCCAAUGUGGUAGAUUUGUCGGACAAGACGUAUCAGGAUGUGAGCUGGGUGACACACUAUCGCCCAUCGGAUCAUGCGGAACAACCAUCAUAUCGCAUGGUAGAUAUAUCGCGUCAUAUGGAAGAACCAGUUCGUCGGUUGACUCAUCCCGUGGAAGAUCUAUCUCUCCAUAUGGAAGGGCCCUCUCGCCGGAUAGUGGACCCCUGCCGCCGCGCGGAAGACCCAUCUCGUCACAUGGACAAUCCAUUCCGUCACCGAGACCAUCCGUCUCACGCGUCGAGUCCGACACAAGAAGAGUACAGCAACGGAGUCCCUUCACCAAUGACACCUCACAGCGGCUGGUCGACUUACACUCCAGAUCUUCAUUCUCCCAUGGGUGGCUCUACUUCUACCCCCAGCAUGACUUACACGGCUGAAUCCCUGCCAAGUGUCGACCCAGUUACGAUGCCUUGGUCUGCGUCACCUAACCCGUCUACCUCGUCGCACGAGGCGUCUCUAAUCCCACCACUACCACAAACCGCCUAUCAAAGGACGCCAAUCGAUCCAUCACGGGUCAUCUGUCUCGGGCCCUUACCAGACACUAUUCAUUCACGACACCACUCCUCGGUGGCCCGGGUUAUGGGUCCCGAUGGCUUUCAGUUUCCUAUGCCAACCAUUCCAUCUGCCGAAGAGUCGAGACGCGAGUCCGCAAUCGACACAUUAGGAAGCAAUUUCACCAUCGAUGAAGAAAUUCGGGAGGCCGCUACUCGGGCUGCUCGGGCUGCAGCCCACACUCGCGGGCGGAUGGAUGGCUUCGAUAUUGUCCACGUACCCCAGCCAGCACAGAAGCGAUACAGCUGGGAAGAGGACCGGUGA